ACCUAACCUUAAUCUCAUGGGAAAAAACGGUUCGACAAGAGAGCAGUGAGGGCUUAGUAAAUUGUAUUCAUAGUUAAUGUGUGCAGUGGGAAUAACAGCCCGAAAGGAGUAUUAUUCUGUAUUUUAUCCAAAUAAAAAAAAACAAUUUCUCCCUCUUUCUGUUGACAUUCUUGUUUUUUUUCCGAACAUCAAGACUCUCUCUUGGUCCUUCCUGGAGAAACAGCUUUACAAUGACGCCUAAUGACAGAGCAGCCGAACUGCAAGGAGAUUGAUUCUUAAUGUAGCACCACACGCGACACCAGAGCCGGGCGCACCUUCCGCGGUGCCAGCCUCGGGGAAGAUGUGAAGUUUUAAUUAUGCAGACAGAGCGGGGGUGCGGCGCUCCCCCCGCAGCACAAGCUCCGGACGCCGGCAGCUGCGAGCAGGACUUGGGGCGAGCGGCGGCGGGGAGCGGCGGAAAUACCGCCGCCCGCCCGCGGGCACAGCGGCCAUGGCGCGCCCGCGGGCCUGAGCGCUCCGCAGACGGAUUUAUUUAUGUUUCGUCCCCCUCUUCCCUCUUUUCCCCCCCCUUCUUUUCCUACCACAAUUAUAAUUCAUUCCAAUAAUAAGAGGCGGGAGCGCGGAGCGGCGCAGUCCGCAGCGGGCAUGCCCGGCCCCCGGCCCGGGAAGUCCCCGCAGGGGAGCGGGGGCUGCCCGCCCGCCGGCCGCGGGGCUCCUCUGCCGCCCCUCUGUCGCCUGCCCACAGCAUAACCAGCCCCCUUUCCCCCCCCUCCUUCCCUCGCCGUGGCAAAUCUUGGAGCGCAAGAGAUCCGCUGGGCAUAGGGAGGGGAUAUAUAGAUGUAUAUGGGGUUUUUUUUUUCUCUUCUCCCCCACCCCCCCGGUCCUUCCCCCUCUCCAAGACCUGAGGAAAUCCAGCCCAAGUUCGCCGCGAUGACUGUGCUGCUGGCAUCGGGGUUUCUCCGCGGCAUCCCAGCCUCUGGACCGCCUCGCCGCUGCUCGCUUUGAAUCUUGAACACUGGGUUAAAGCUUAAUUCUCAUGUUGUGGUUGCUGGGCUGCUGCUUUCCCGUGUUUUGCAAUGGGAGGUGGAGGAAAAGGGCUUGUCCGUGAGUCAACACUGAAAAUGUGAUUAGGACGAACUGCUUUUACUAAUCUGUUUCUAACCUUUUAGUCCAUGUUGGCCUGUGACCCCUUUCAGCUUUCAGAUCGAGCCUGAUUAGACCACAACACUGGUCUCCCUAUGGAAGCAGCUGUUUCCAUCUGGCAUUGAGAUCCCAUGGAGCAGCUGAGGAGGGGGAUGGCUCUUCGUAUCCAUGAUGCCUGGAUGCUUCUUUUUGUAAUCCCUGCUUUGGUCACCCCAGCUGCCAUCAAUCAUGAAGACUACCCUGCUGAUGAAGGGGACCAGACCUCCAGCAAUGACAAUCUGAUCUUUGAUGACUACCGAGGGAAGGGCUGUGUGGAUGACAGUGGCUUUGUGUACAAACUGGGAGAACGUUUUUUCCCGGGGCAUUCCAACUGUCCCUGUGUCUGUACUGAGGAUGGACCUGUUUGUGAUCAGCCAGAAUGCCCUAAGAUCCACCCAAAGUGUACAAAAGUGGAACACAACGGAUGCUGUCCAGAAUGCAAAGAAGUGAAAAACUUUUGUGAAUAUCAUGGGAAAAAUUACAAAAUCUUGGAGGAAUUUAAGCCCUCGCCAUGCGAAUGGUGUCGCUGCGAGCCCAGCAAUGAAGUUCACUGUGUUGUAGCAGACUGCGCAGUUCCUGAGUGUGUCAACCCAGUCUAUGAACCAGAACAGUGUUGUCCUGUCUGCAAAAAUGGUCCAAACUGCUUUGCAGGAACCACGAUAAUUCCUGCCGGCAUCGAGGUGAAGGUGGACGACUGCAACAUCUGCCACUGCCACAAUGGGGACUGGUGGAAGCCGGCGCAGUGCUCCAAGCGCGAGUGCCAGGGCAAGCAGGCUCUGUAGUGGAAAAUCCCCUGUCAGUGGCACUGCUGGACAAGCAGUCCCCUGAUGAUGAUGGUGACAAUGAUGAUGAUGACAAUGGAACAUCUUUGAUGCUGCACAUGCAUCCGACCUCCCGCCAGCUGGAACAGGGUCACCAGCAAAACCUGCAAGAGUUUCACACAAGCAGAGGUUUUUACUUGUGGGGAAGGGUCUCCCUCUCCCUCCUGUCCUGCUCCUGUCCCGCUUUACACACUAUGUAUCCUUUAUCUAGGUAUCGACUCUGCUUUAGUAAUUAUCAGUGCUUCACAGGGACACGGUGGUCACAUUUGGGGAGGACCGAUGGAAAACAACCCACAUAAGUUCUCAGACUGGUGAUGCCUCCGACUGAGUCACUGCUGUCACUGUCUACAGUGUGGAUCCUGGAGGUUUUCCACAUUUAUUUAUUCAAGGAUUAUUUUGCUAAUGUGAUUUUUUUUUUUAAGAUGCUUCCUAAGCUGUUAUUGUCAGGACAAUACAGCUGUGACUCAAGUGAUGGAUCAUUUUGAUUGUGUCUGUAAUGGGCGCGUGGGGGUGUGUGUGUGUUAAGGACAGGAGGGAAGGGGAAAAAGGGGCUAAGAAGGAACCCUGACUGGAAUGUAACCUGCAGAAAGACCAUGGUGGAUGCACAGGUAUGCCACUGGACACCCAAGACACAAGCUGUAUCUGUGUUACACUUUCUCCACUGAGUGGGGACAAUAAAGUCA